UAUCUUUUGUUCCAAUCUCAUCCUCCUUCUUCUUCUCAAUUUCAAACUUCACUUCGAGAUAAAUUAAUGCUCUUUAUAUGACCAUUAUAUUGUAGAGCAUAUAGUUGCACUUUUGAUAAAAGAUUUUAUAUAUAACAUCAGUGUCCGAGUCAAUUUUCACUUUUCGACUAAAUAUUGUGCUAUCUCCCAUCCGUACAGGUACCAGUACUUAGGCUUAGAAAGACGGGAAGAAAUCUGUCAUUUUGCACACAUUCAAUUAUUUCACCGAGUACCUUUAACUUCCCGCCAGGCCAGUGCAAUUUGUGGUGAAUUCUGUUUUUGCAAGUCUCUUCUUAAGAUAAGCAGCUAUGACUAUUGCUGAUUCAAGCAGUAUUCCAAAUCCAACCAGGCUAGAGGGAAAAUAUUGUGGAAUGGUGGUAUGUUGGAUUCUUGGACUUGGGUCACUUGUUUCUUGGAAUAGUAUGCUCACUAUUGGAGAUUACUAUUAUGAGCUAUUUCCGAAAUACCAUCCUUCAAGGGUGCUUACCCUCGUUUAUCAACCAUUUGCACUUGCGACAAUGGCAAUUCUUGCAUAUAAUGAGGCAAGAAUCAAUACAAGAAACCGCAACCUAACUGGAUUUACUCUUUUCUUCUUAAGCACAUUCGCACUCCUAGUGUUGGAUUUGGCCACAUCAGGAACCGGGGGUCUUGGAAAUUACAUCGGUAUAUGUGCUAUAGUCGCUAUUUUUGGAGUUGCAGAUGCUUUUGUUGAAGGUGGGAUUGUAGGAGAUUUAUCCUUCAUGUGCCCUGAAUUUAUCCAAUCAUAUUUUGCUGGUCUGGCUGCCUCUGGGGUGCUCACCUCUGCUUUAAGGCUAGUGACUAAAGCAGCUUUUGAAAGGGCUAGUAACGGUCUUCGCAAAGGAGUUAUGUUAUUCCUGGCUAUCUCCACGUUCAUUGAAUUUCUAUGUAUUCUUCUGUAUGCGUUCAUCUUUUCUAAGCUACCAAUCGUUAAGUACUACCGCACAAAGGCAGCAGCAGAGGGAUCAAAAACUGUUGCAGCAGACCUAGCCGCAGCAGGCAUCAAGUCUGAAGCAACCGAAAGAGCUGAUAAUAAUAACGCUAAACAAUUGGAGCGCCUGAGCAACAAACAACUGUUCUUUCAGAACGUCGAUUACUUAUUGGAUUUGUACUUGAUUUAUGUCCUGAGUUUGUCAAUUUUCCCUGGAUUCUUGUAUGAGAAUACUGGUUCCCACAAAUUAGGCUCAUGGUACCCUUUAGUCCUGAUAGCAGUCUACAAUAUGUUCGAUCUGAUAGCAAGGUACAUUCCACUGAUCGAAAAAAUCAAGUUGAAAUCACGAAAGGGCCUAAUAAUCGCAACACUGUCUCGUUUCUUGUUCAUUCCUUGUUUUUAUUUUACUGCAAAGUACGGUGAUCAGGGCUGGAUGAUAAUGCUCGUGUCCUUCCUAGGAUUAACCAACGGUUAUCUCACCGUUUGUGUCCUCACAGUUGCUCCUCAGGGAUACAAGGGACCUGAGCAAAAUGCAUUGGGUAAUUUGCUAGUGUUAUGCCUACUGGCUGGACUAUUCUCUGGUGUUGCACUAGAUUGGUUAUGGAUUAUUGGUAAUGGGAAGUUCUAACCAAAUCAGAAUCUGUAAAUGUAUUUCUUAGUUUCCCAUCCGGUGUCCCAUGUAAGGUACCCGCUUUUGCGCCCGGCUAAGUCAGAUUCGGCCCGGAAAGUCCCACUUUGGGGGUAAAGUGCUCCCUACCUUAAUCAGAUUAAUGUAAAAUUGAUUGAAUGUAUUGCUACUCUUUUUUUCCAUAACCUAGUUUCAAUUUUCAGCUUCUACAAA